AUGCCAGCUAUUGGAAUUGAUCUAGGAACGACUUACUCGUGUGUUGGAGUGUGGCAACAUGGCAACGUGGAGAUCAUCGCGAACGACCAAGGCAACAGGACUACACCAUCCUACGUAGCGUUCACCGACACGGAGCGACUCAUCGGCGAUGCGGCGAAGAACCAGGUGGCCCUGAACCCCAGCAACACAGUGUUCGACGCCAAAAGGUUAAUCGGGCGCAAAUUCGACGACCCAAAGAUCCAACAAGACAUGAAACAUUGGCCAUUCAAAGUGGUCAACGACUGCGGGAAGCCCAAAAUUCAAGUAGAGUUCAAAGGCGAGAAAAAGACGUUCGCGCCGGAGGAGAUCAGCAGUAUGGUGCUGACGAAGAUGAAGGAGACGGCGGAGGCGUACCUCGGCACCACGGUGCGGGACGCCGUCAUCACCGUGCCGGCGUACUUCAACGACUCGCAGCGUCAGGCCACGAAGGACGCGGGCGCCAUCGCCGGGCUGAAUGUGUUGCGCAUCAUCAACGAGCCCACGGCCGCUGCUCUGGCUUACGGCUUGGACAAGAACUUGAAAGGGGAGCGCAACGUGUUGAUCUUCGAUCUCGGCGGUGGUACUUUCGACGUGUCGAUCCUGACUAUCGACGAAGGCUCUCUGUUCGAAGUGAAGGCGACGGCCGGCGACACGCACCUGGGAGGCGAGGACUUCGACAACAGACUCGUGAACCAUCUCGCGGACGAGUUCAAGCGCAAGUACAAGAAGGACCUGCGUUCAAACCCGCGCGCCAUGCGUCGCCUCCGCACCGCCGCCGAGCGCGCCAAGCGCACGCUGUCGUCUAGCACCGAGGCCACCAUUGAGAUCGACGCGCUCUAUGAAGGCAUCGACUUCUACACGCGCGUCUCCCGCGCUCGCUUCGAGGAGCUCAACGCAGACCUGUUCCGUGGCACUCCUGGAGCCGGUCGAGAAGGCGCUUAA